CUGAUAAAAGGAUUAGCUCUAAUCUUCUAACAACCACAUAAAACUCUCUCUAUAUAGGUUUUCCUCUCAAAUCGGGAAAACCCUAGUUCGUAAGAUUCUUGCUAGAUUCGCAGUCUUCUGAGUUGAUCCUUGGAAAAAAAAAUUAAAAUUAGCAGAUUUGUUUCGAUCUAUUCGAGAAUGAGUCAGCCUUCCGUGAUCCUCGCAACGGCUAGCUAUGACCGUACGAUCCGAUUCUGGGAGGCCAAAACCGGUCGCUGUCACCGAACCAUUCACUUUCCUGCUUUGCCUUAUCAAGAGCUCGGGACAGAAGAGGAUACGCCUCAGCAGAUCGCGCAUAAACAAAACAAGCCUCAGCAUGUGAAUAGGCUCGAGAUAAGCCCAGAUAAGCUAACUCUAGCAGCAGCUUGCAAUCCUUACAUACGAGUCUUUGAUGUCAAUUACAGUAGUGAACCUGUGAGGACCUUCGUUGGACACUCCAGCAAUGUCAUGGCAGUUGGAUUCCAACGUGAUUGCAAAUGGUUGUAUUCAGGAUCUGAGGAUGGCACAGUUAGGAUCUGGGACCUGAGGGUUCCUCCUCCUCCCGAACCCGAAACUCCACCAAUGGAGGAGUAUCAAGAGUUUGCAUACAUAUGUGGUGAAAUCCCUCGUCCUCCGAGUCCCCCAGUCAAUUAUGAAAGAAAUUGCGUAAGGGGAUAUGGAAAUGUUUCCUCAGUUAACACAGUUGUUUUACACCCAAAUCAGAAAGAACUGAUAUCUGGUGACCAAAAUGGCAUUAUACGUGUAUGGGAUCUGAGAAAGGAUUCGUGCAGCUAUGAACUGGUACCAGAACCUGAUAUAGCCAUACGGUGGUUAUCGGUGUCGUUGGAUGGGACAAUGCUGGUUGCUGCUAAUGACCGUGGCAUAUGUUAUAUAUGGGGCAUGUCACCUGGAAAAGAAAUGACGAGUGAGUUUGAGCCUCUUUGUAAGCUACAAGCUCAUGAUACCCUUAUCCUCAAAUGUGCACUAUCUCCUGGAAACAGGUAUCUAGCAACAGCAUCAUCUGACAAAACUGUCAAAAUAUGGAACGUUGGUGAGGAUUUCAAGCUAGAGAAAGUUUUAACUGGACAUCAAAGAUGGGUCUGGGACUGCGCCUUCUCAGUGGAUGGAGAGUUUCUUCUCACAGCGUCAUCGGACGCGACGGCUAGAUUGUGGUCGACAAAAGCGGGAAAAGAAAUGAAACUGUUCCGAGGCCAUCGCAAAGCCGCUGUGUGUUGUGCACUCCGCGAUGAUUAAAAGAUCCUGAAUAAGAAUCAAAAAGGCUUAAGCUUAUGAACAAAUCAUGCUUGUGUUGUUUGUGUUUUUGAAAACUUUUGUUACAUUUCAACCGGAUCGGUUGUGACUGCUCCUUUGAUCUCUUCGUGAUUAAACAUUUCUCUCUAUUGCAAAACAUAACCUAGC